AUUGAGAUUUGAGCCCAUUACAAAUUUGAAAGCCCUCAAAAACAUUCAUUUGCCGCCAACCCAACCUUACAUGCUUUUUGACUCUUCAAUUUCAAUCGCAGUUCAGAUCAUUUCAUUUGAACCCUAAAUUCCCAAAUCUACCAAAUUCAACUCGACUCACUCAACGCUUCAACUCGCUCAUUUGAUUUUCCCCACCCAGAGUUCAACAACUCGAGCGAUUCUCCCGAGUUGACCCGCUCCUCUCAAUGGAACCGCAAGGUGAGCCCGCCGCACCCGACCCAGCUCACGCUCCACCGGCGGCGCGCCCCAGGCUCUUCAUCAAGGAGAUGGUGAUGCGGAACUUCAAGUCCUACGCUGGUGAACAGCGCGUGGGUCCUUUCCAUAAGAGUUUUUCGGCUGUGGUUGGACCCAAUGGGAGCGGGAAGAGUAACGUGAUUGACGCAAUGCUGUUUGUGUUCGGGAAGCGAGCGAAGCAGAUGCGGCUUAACAAAGUUUCGGAGCUUAUCCACAAUUCCACCAAUCACCAGAAUUUGGAUAGUGCUGGGGUUUCUGUUCAUUUUCAGGAGAUUGUCGAUUUGGAUGAUGGAACAUAUGAGGCUGUUCCAGGAAGUGAUUUUGUGAUUACAAGGGUGGCUUUACGGGAUAACUCCUCUAAGUAUUAUAUUAAUGAUCGUUCGAGUAACUUCACUGAAGUCACUAAGAAACUGAAAGGGAAAGGUGUUGACCUUGACAAUAAUAGGUUUCUAAUCCUUCAGGGUGAAGUUGAGCAGAUCUCACUUAUGAAGCCAAAAGCUCAAGGACCACAUGAUGAGGGUUUUCUAGAAUAUCUGGAGGAUAUCAUUGGGACGAACAAAUAUGUAGAAAAAAUUGAUGAAUCAUUUAAACAGUUAGAGUCCCUGAAUGAGAGAAGAUCUGGGGUGGUACAAAUGGUCAAGCUAUCUGAGAAAGAAAGAGACAGCUUGGAGGGUGUGAAGAAUGAAGCAGAAGCCUACAUGCUUAAAGAGUUGUCUCACUUGAAAUGGCAGGAAAAAGCUGCAAAGUUAGCUCUUGAUGAUACAGGUGGAAAAAUGGAUGAGUUACAAGUGAAUGUUGCUAGCGUAGAAGAAAAUCUCAAGGCAGAAAGGGAUAAAAUUCAAGAAAGUAAACAAGUUCUGAAGGAGCUAGAAACUAAGCACAGCAAUUAUAUGAAAAGACAAGAGGAGCUAGAUACUGAUAUGAGGAAGUGUAAAGAAGAAUUCAAGGAGUUUGAGAGGCAGGAUGUCAAGUAUCGGGAAGAUUUUAAACACUUAAAUCAGAAGAUCAAGAAGCUCGAGGAUAAAGUUGAAAAGGAUUCAUCAAAAAUUGAAGCUCUUGUAAAAGAGGGUGAAGACUCAACUAAUCUGAUACCAAAACUUGAGAAUAAUAUUCCAAAACUGCAAAAAUUGUUGCUAGAUGAGGAGAAGGUCUUAGAAGAAAUCACAGAGAGUUCCAAAGUUGAAACUGAGAAAUUCCGCGCUGAGCUUGCUGAAGUUCGGGCAGAGCUAGAACCUUGGGAAAAAGAUUUGAUUGAGCACAAGGGGAAACUUGAAGUUGCAUGUACCGAGGCUAAGCUGUUAAAUGACAAGCAUGAAGGUGCACGUAAAGCUUUUGAAGAUGCUCAAAAGCAGAUGAAAAGUAUAUCAGAAACAAUUAAAUCAAAAACUGCUAGCAUUUCUCAAAUUAAGAGUGAUAUUGAAAAGAGCAAACAUGAAGCAUCAGAAGCUCACCAAGUGGAAGAAGAAUGUAUAAAAGAACAAGAUGCCUUGAUUCCUCUCGAACAAAGUGCAAGGCAGAAGGUUGCAGAACUGAAGUCUGUUCUGGAUUCUGAGAAGAGUCAGGGUUCAGUUCUAAAAGCAGUCUUGAAAGCCAAGGAAACCAAACAAAUACAAGGAAUAUAUGGUCGCAUGGGUGAUUUAGGUGCAAUUGAUUCAAAAUAUGACAUUGCAAUAUCAACAGCAUGUGCUGGGCUUGAUUACAUUGUGGUGGAAACAACAAAUGCAGCACAAGCCUGUGUUGAGUUACUUCGCAGGGAGAACCUUGGUGUUGCUACUUUCAUGAUAUUGGAGAAGCAAGUUCAUCUCCUUCCAAUGUUGGAAAAGAAUGUAAGCACUCCAGAGGGGGUUCCCCGCCUUUUUGAUUUAGUAAAGGUUCAAGAUGAAAGAAUGAAGCUUGCUUUCUUUGCAGCACUCAGAAACACAGUUGUUGCUAAAGACCUUGACCAGGCAACACGCAUAGCAUAUGGUGGAAACUAUGAGUUUAGGCGAGUUGUUACUCUUGAUGGUGCACUCUUUGAAAAAUCUGGAACAAUGAGUGGUGGUGGUAGUAAGCCUCGGGGUGGGAAGAUAGGGACAUCUAUUCGAGCUGCAAGUGUGUCUGUAGAAGCUGUUACUAAUGCUGAGAGGCAGUUGUCUGAAAUGGCUGAUAAAUUGAAUGCAAUUCGCCAAAGAAUCAUGGAUGCUGUGCGGCGAUAUCAGGCCUCAGAAAAAACAGUCACGGCUUUGGAAAUGGAGUUAGCUAAAUGCCAGAAGGAGGUUGACAGUUUGAAUUCUCAGCAUAGUUAUAUUGAAAAACAACUUGAUUCCCUCAAAGCUGCGUCACAGCCAAGUGAGGAUGAGCUUGUCAGAUUGAAAGGGCUUACAGAGAUUAUUACUGCCGAAGAAAGGGAGAUUAAAACACUUACUGAUGGAUCUAAACAGCUGAAGGAAAAGGCGUCUGAUCUUCAAAGAAAUAUAGAAAAUGCUGGGGGUGAAAAAUUAAAAUCUCAGAAGUCAAAGGUCCAGAAAAUUCAGUCUGAUAUUGACAAGAACCACUCAGAGGUUAACCGUCUCAAGGUCCUAAUAGAGACAGGACAAAAGAUGAUGAAGAAGUUGACCAAGGGAAUUGAGGAGUCAAAGAAGGAGAAAGAACGACUAGCUGAGGAGAAGGAAAAGUCAAAAGAAAUCUUCAAAGAAAUAGAACAGAAAGCAUUUAUUGUUCAAGAGAACUAUAAGAAAACACAAGAGAUGAUUGACAAGCAUAGGGAUGUAUUGGAGGAAGCUAAAUCUGAACAUGAUAAGAUGAAAAAAGUAGUUGAAGAAUUGCGUGCAUCUGAGGUUGAUGCAGACUUUAAAUUAAAAGACAUGAAGAAAGCAUACAAAGAAUUGGAAAUGAAAGGGAAAGGCUACAAGAAAAGACUAGACGAGUUGCAAACUGCUAUUUGCAAGCAUCUUGAACAAAUUCAGGUAGAUUUACUGGAUGUUGAAAAGCUAAAGGCUACAUUGGAUGAUGAGCAUCUUCAUGCUGCUUGUGACCUGAAAAGGGCUUGUGAAAUGGUCACAUUGCUUGAAGCACAACUGAAGGAGAUGAAUCCAAAUCUUGAUUCAAUUUCAGAGUAUCGAAAGAAAGUUGCAUUGUACAAUGAGCGAGUUGAAGAGCUUAAUACAGUCACUCAGGAGCGGGAUGAUAUAAAGAAGCAGUAUGACGAAUGGAGAAAGAAAAGAUUGGAUGAGUUCAUGGAAGGAUUUAAUGCCAUAUCAUUGAAGUUAAAAGAAAUGUACCAGAUGAUUACACUCGGAGGUGAUGCAGAGCUUGAGCUUGUGGAUUCUUUGGAUCCUUUCUCUGAGGGUGUUGUGUUCAGUGUCAGGCCACCAAAGAAAAGCUGGAAAAACAUUGCUAAUUUAUCCGGGGGUGAAAAGACUCUUAGCUCAUUAGCUCUUGUAUUUGCUCUUCAUCAUUACAAGCCUACCCCGCUUUAUGUAAUGGAUGAAAUCGAUGCUGCCCUGGACUUCAAGAAUGUAUCUAUUGUUGGGCAUUACGUGAAAGACAGGACCAAGGAUGCUCAAUUCAUAAUCAUUAGCCUUAGGAACAAUAUGUUUGAAUUGGCUGAUCGUCUUGUUGGUAUUUAUAAAACUGAUAAUUGCACGAAGAGCAUCACUAUCGAUCCACGUAGCUUUGUCGUGUGCCAAAAAGCUGUUUGAUGCAUUUGUCAGUGUGCUCUUGAUGUUUAAUAGGAUCUCUUGUGCCAGUUUGAUCCUGCAUGCAAUUGUUAUUAAGUUAUUAGAGUUCCAUAUAUAUUGUAUAUUAAAUAGUAUGAAUACAUACGGGAUCAUGAAAAAUAUGUAAUUAGUUUUAUCUGAUAAAUUGACUUGUUUUUACUUUA